UUCGCUUUUCUGCUUAUAGCCCUUCAGCCUGUGGUUGGAGGGGAAAGCUACUUAAUUGAACUCCGCUUAUCGACCCCUCGUGACUUUUGAUCGCCCGGAAGCUUACACGCCACCAUGUUUGGAAUCUUUGCGGACUUGUUGUCCUCCGUCAUUACCAUCCUAUUCCCCGUCUUUGCAUCCUACAAAGCUCUCCGCUCCUCCGAUCCCUCACAACUGGCACCAUGGCUGAUGUAUUGGGUGGUUCUCUCUGUGAUUCUGCUGGCAGAAUCCUGGACAGUCUUCAUUAUUGGAUGGUUCCCAUUCUACAGCUGGAUCAGACUGUUCUUCAUGUGUUAUCUCGUCCUCCCUCAGACUCAAGGCGCCCGUCUUCUCUACCAAGAUUACGUUGAUCCAUUCCUGGCCCACCACGAGCAUGAGAUUGAGGAGCUUAUCGGUCGCGGCCAUGAGCGAGCCAAGGCACUUGGCCUGCAAUACUUCUACCAGGCUAUGGAUUUGAUCCGGACAAAGGUGCUAGGUCUUCCCCCACAGCAGGAAGCUCCACCGCCCCCAUCAGGACCAGCCGCAUACGCGCAGUCCCUACUGUCGCGGUUCAACCUCCCCACUGCGGCAGCAGCCACAAACACAGGAGAUUGGUAUUCCGCCCUCAGUUCUGCACUUGGAUCAGUGACAUCUCCUGGCAAAUCGCGUGAGGCCCACCAGGAGGAACUCUCAGCCAGUGGCACUCUGCUCCAGCGCCAGAUCCAAUCCAUGACCGGCAUCGAUAAGGCGCAGUACAUUUCCCACCAGAGAGAGGUCCUGGAUUAUCUCCGGUCGACACUGGCCCGGGAGGAGCAAGCGAUCCAGCGUGAUGAUGGUGAAAAUGACGAUCUCGCAUAUGGUGCCCCGCUGCGAAAGAACAAAAGUGACAACUCCUUCGACGUUGUCGAUGAUGAGGAUCUAGGGUCGCGCGGGUCUCGCGCGACCCGUCGCACCAGUGGUAAAUGGACCUCUGGCUGGCUGGGUCCCGACAAUGAUUCCUCGGGUUCCUCUGACUAUACGUCCCGAACCACCGGAUAUGACCGAUACAACUAAAUCGC